GCAGCAAACACAUCUCAUGCAAAACGCAGAAGAGCAGAAAGGAGAAAACAUUAGAGAAGGGAAAAAGGAAAUACAAUAUUUGAGAGGAAACUAUGCUGCUUGAAGAAGACAUAAACUGACAAUCAAUACGUCUGGCAUUACACAAGCAACAUGUCUAGGCCACCAGGAAGAAAGCAAGAGAAUCACAAAAUAAGCAGAGAACUUCUUGUACUCACAUACGGGGCGUUGGUAGCCCAGCUGUGCAAGGAUUAUGAAAAAGAUGAAGAUGUCAACACCUGUUUAGAUAGAAUGGGAUACGGCAUUGGCGUACGGCUGAUUGAUGAUUUUUUAGCUCGUUCAGCUGUGAGAAAGUGCCGCAGUUAUUCUGAAACCGCAGACAUGAUUGCACAGGUUGCUUUCAAGAUGUACCUUGGGGUCACCCCUAGUGUAAGCUGCAGUAGUGCAGCAGGAAAUGAAUUCUCCUUAAUUCUGGACAAAAACCCACUAGUGGACUUUGUGGAGGAGCUGCCAGCAGAACGAGCAUCGCUUUGCUACUGCAACCUCCUCUGUGGGGUGAUUCGAGGUGCCUUGGAAAUGGUUCACUUAGCAGCAGAAGUUACCUUUCUCCAGGACAGACUGAAGGGUGAUGCUGUGACAGAAAUAGGAAUUACAUUUUUAAGGAAGGCUGAAGACAGAAAGCACAAAAGAAACAAAUGAAAGAAAUAUUGGGAGAAACCCUUGCUGAAGGAUAUUUUGCACCUUUUGUUCCUGAAGAAGACCUGCAGGGUAAAAAUGACUUCUCUGAGCCAGCUGCACCAGUGAUACAUUUGAAAGGUGAAGAGAGACAGGCAGCAAACAGGAGGGGCAGAGCUGGGGGAAGAGCAAUGUUAAUUGUCAUGACUAGAUAUCAGUAUAAAAACUCAAAAUGGCCUGCCCUUUCUUCUCACAUAACCAUGCUCGAGCUCAAUGAAAGCUUUAUCUCAGUAUUUAGUGCACGCUGGAUGCAAAAUAUUCAUUCGGACACCAACUGUCUUGAGCUAAACAUGACCGCCUCUUCCUGUUGUGUUUGUUGGUAAUGUUUCAAAGCAUGGUUGCAAAGAGGUGCUUUAUUUCCCUGGCUGUUUGUGGUUCGGAAUAAUGGAUUCAUCCGCUGUGACUGCUGUAUGCAGUGUCGCACUGUCAGGUACCUGUUUUUAUGCAUGAUGGUUUUCCAUUCUUUGUCCUCCACAUCGGACAUCUGCUCCCUUUGAAACCAGGGAGGGAUGCGGUGUCGCUUGAUGGCAGGAGCUGGUUCCUUACCGCUCUUUCAGGCCCCGCAUGCAGUAUUGCUGGCACGCCUGUUCAGCCCUGUGGAUACAUCAGGCUGCAGCAC